UCUGGAGUGCAGAAGGGCAACACCGGCCAACUCACCGACGCCGAGGGUUGAUAGUGGUGAAAGGAGAUUGAUUAUUCCACCGAUUCUUCCAAAUGUUGAGAAUUAUCUCUGUAUCGCAACCUCGCAUCAAGUUUCUCGCCCGUUACAUAACCUCUCUAUCUUCCGCCUCAAUAACCUACCUAUUACCAUCUAAUUCUCCUUCCAAGCUGUUGCCACCUUCGGUUCGGAUACUCUUUUCGCCAUUCUCGCACUCAUCCAAGCACAGGAAGGAAAAUAGCAACGACGUUGCUUCCGUUUGCAACAGAGACCCAAUAGCUCCACCCAAACUCUUCGUGGUUCAACCUCGUCUUCGUCCCGAUACUAUUCUGCAAGCAAAGCUAAACGAGGCUUUGUGUCUUGCAAAUUCUCUAGAACAACAACGGGAUGGGUAUUUCGAUAUUGAUUUCUUUGACAAGGAAAUACCCCCUCACGUUGUAGUUCAAAAUCCUUCUGCCAGAGGAGCUCGCGCUGAUACAUAUUUUGGACCAGGAACUGUGGAUGCCAUCAAAUGCCAUUUGAAUGUGGCAGAGUCGAAGAGUGAGGUUGAUGCUAUUUUUGUAAAUGCUACUCUCUCUGGCAUUCAGCAGAGGAAUUUGGAGCGAGCAUGGGAUAAACCUGUACUGGACCGCGUGGGUCUCAUAAUAGAGAUAUUCAAUGCUCAUGCCUACACGAAAGAGGCGAAGUUACAGGCUGAACUGGCUGCUUUAACGUAUAAAAAGUCGAGACUUGUUCGUGUACGUGGCCUUGAUGGACGUCUUACAUUUGGUGCCACGGGAGAAGCCGAAGUUGUUAGUGCCAGAGGGAGAGGGAGUGGGGGACGUGGCUUUAUAAGUGGUGCAGGAGAGACUGAACUUCAACUCCAGCGACGAAGAAUUUUGGAACGAAGGAAUCAUCUAUUAUCUCAAAUUGAAGAGGUUCGUCGUACACGUGCUUUGCAGCGUUCUUCUCGAAAGAGACAUGGAGGCUCAAAUGGUCAACAGUUAGCUACUGUUGCUAUUGUUGGGUACACUAAUGCUGGGAAGUCGACAUUAGUCAGUGCACUUUCAAACAAUGAUCUCUAUAGUGAUUCUAGAUUGUUUGCAACUGUUGACCCCACAUUAAGAAGCGUCUUUCUUCCUUCUGGGAGAAAAGUACUCGUAAGUGAUACGGUGGGAUUUAUUUCAGAUUUGCCUGUGCAGUUGGUUGAAGCAUUUCAUGCAACUUUAGAGGAAGUUGUUGAAGCAGACUUGUUAGUGCAUGUGGUGGAUUGCACCGCCCCCAACCUUGAUGAGCACCGGUUGACCGUUUUCCAAGUACUUAAGCAAAUAGGAGUUUCUAAAACGAAGCUUGAUGAUAUGAUUGAAGUUUGGAACAAGAUUGAUUAUCGUGAAGAAGAUGAGAGCGUAGAUGAAUAUUGUGAUGAUGAUAUUGGCGAGGCUGGCAAUUCGUCGGUAGGAGAUGGUAGAAAGGGAAAUGCUGAAAGCAACAAUUUUAUGAAAAUGGAAAAGGGUGAUAUUACGAAAAAGCAAGCAACUAGAGAAGUCAGUGGAUUCCCCUCUGGAGAUGUCAGCCAGCUUUCUCAAAAAGAUCUUGGAAACACAAUUGAGGGAGAGGAGAGCGAUUGGUGUGAAGACUGGUUGGCAGAGGACGAUGAUGAUCAAAACCCUUGGGUUGAUGAAAAUUGUUACUCUGAGGCUCAGGAGGCCUCAGAAGACCAGGGGAUGAGAAAGGAUGUACAGCCUCCAGGUGGUCAAUUUGGUCCACAUGUCAGAAUAUCAGCCAAGUUUGGAGUUGGCUUGCGAGAGCUGUUAGAACUCAUAGAUGACAGACUAAAGGUUGAUCAGGAUGAGAGGCUAAAAACUCAAAAUGUUUUAGAGCGGAGUAUUUUUGAACGUAAAUGGAGGCCAUCGCAGAUGGAGGCGAAUGGUGCAGCUGAGCAGUAGCUUACUUUUUAGUUUAUAGAUCAAGUAGAUUAUGGUUCCUUGCAACUGCAACGAAGCAUGGUUGCAAUAUAGAUUUCUGUUUCGCUAGUUUCUGGCGAUCACUGAAUAUUCUACAUAUUUUAAUUAUUAGAAACCCCUCAUCAUAUUUUUAAUUUGUUAA